AAUUCCCCAAAACAAAAGAAGCAGGGACUAGAGGUCAAAAACAUGCUGAGUGAUCUGAAAUCACCAAUGUUUAUUACAAUCGUCAUUGGCCUGGGCUUAGUGUUUCUAGUAUUCCUUAUUGGUUAUAUCUGGCAUAAGUAUUGCAGACUUAGAUGCAAGAACACGUUCGAAAAUACAAGCCAUGCUAGUGAAACGGGAGAAUGUUUGGGUUAGUGAAAUAUCAUCAUGAUUGUAAUAACAGCAUUUAACGACAAAUUGUUCAUACCAAUAAUCAAUUUCUGGUAAAAAUAUUAUGCUAAACUAGAAUCUUCUCAUUUCAUUACACUGUGUGUAUCCUAGAUCAAACUGCUUGAAAACCUUACUAGCAUCACGCGGCGUUAGCAUCACAUCUUUGCAAGUCUUUAAGAAUUUUUCGAGCUUUAUGAAAAUCCUUCCCGAUAAGAUUUCAUGUGCAUUGUUUUUCAGGUGAAAAUUGCAAUGGGAAAUCGCCAGAUGAGAAACGUUCUUCUGUGGCUUUUGAAACCGGGCCUGCAUAG